ACUUGUUGCUGAACUUAACCUAGAUAGGUACGUGUACAGUCUCUCUAUAAGCACAUCUGUCAAAAGAGUUUUACGGCUAUAUUUUUUUACAUGUGGUUACAUUCAAAGUGUCCCACAAAUCCAAAUCGCGUAAACUCCGCGACUCCUUUCGAUGAUUUCCAUUGGCCACCGUUGGCAUGUCAAGUUUCUUGUUGACUUGGAUGUCUGCUGCUGCCUAACUGCUGCUGGAGACUUUCAAAACUCCCCCUCUUCGUCUCUUCAGCCUGACCGUAUUUGCGCACUGGACGUUCCACUCAUCAGACAGACUUAACAGGUCGUUAUCAUUAACCAAACACGGAGUCUGAACAGAUGAGCGUUUUCCGUGCACCGUCUUUGAAAUUCCACCCUUCGCCUUUGUUUGUGCCCUGCGAGGGGGCGGGAAGACAAACAGGUCCGCGCGUAUAAAAGCAUCAAACAGGCACUUGGGGCGACACUGGAGACGUGCCUACACAGAGACUCUCUUCUGGAACACUUUCUAGAGGGGAUUCCUCGGCCGAUUUUUGGGGGACGUCUUGUUUUUGCUCUCACCACCACCACCACCACCACCAACAACAACAACAAAAAAAGGAUCCAUCCAGUCAUGUUGAUGCGAUGCGUCGCGCGUUGUUUCCUGCCGGUGUGGCUCUCGCUACUUGGAUACGUUUACGCGGGGCCGAUUGUCCUCAACUCCAACGCCAUCAAAAACUUUGAGCCGGUCAGCCCCAGUCCGCGGACCUCACCGCCGGGCAGCGUGGGACACAAAUUGCCCGUGGACGCCUCGCAGGCGACAGGAGUAUGUGCGGAUGACGACGAUUGCGGCGGUGAUGAAUUCUGCAACGACGUCCGAAGUAUGUGUCUGGCGUGCCGCAAGAACCGGAAGCGUUGCGCACGGGACUCAAUGUGUUGCGCUGGAAGCCGCUGCAGCAACGGUGUCUGCCAGACGAAUGACAUUGAUGGGCCGGGCUGGCAUAUACACAACUCUACCAUGGAGCAUCAUACCAAGAGGCCCCUCACUGCCCACGAAGCGCGCACGGUAAAAGGUCAGGAAGGGGACACGUGCCUGCGCUCGGCCGACUGCUCGGCGGGCCUGUGCUGUGCCCGCCACUUCUGGUCUCGCAUCUGCAAGCCGGUGCUGAGCGAGGGCCAGGUGUGCACGCGCCACCGCCGCAAGGGCACCCACGGCCUGGAGCUGUUCCAGCGCUGCGACUGCGGCGACGGCCUGGCGUGCAGGCCCGAGAGAAGCGAGCGGGAGCGGGAGCAGCAGCAGCAGCAGCAGCAGGAACAGCAGCAGCAGCAGCACGCCGUCAGCAGGACGUCGGCCCGGAACCUACACACCUGUCAGAGACGCUGACGCACACACAGGUCACAGAUACUGACACACACACACACACACACACACACACACACACACACACACACACACACACACACACACACACACACACGCACACGCACACACACGCAUAUGCCAACACCCAAGACUUUCUUUCCUGUCAACGCUGCUGACACCGAGACAGCGCCAGGAAGCAAAGAUGCGCUUCCUGGGAAAAGUGAUACACCCGCAGAGAUGAUGGACUUGUCUAUGAAUGGAUGAGAGGGGAUGUAGAGGGGGGGGGGCGGGGGUGUCCAGAUCAAUUGUCCAUGGCAGUUAAUGGCAGAGCUGUUUUUUUUGUUUCUGUUUUUAUGGAACUUGAAGCCUCGGUUAUUGCAGUAAAUUACUGCAUUGUGAAUGAUGGCUGGGGAACCGACCAGGGAAUUUGAGUACAACAAACAGUUAACACACAAAUGGUCAUAAUAUAUAUGAAAACAGCGAUCCCGCGGCGCAUAACUAUGCAGACCCACUUGGAAAAGGUGGAAAUGUUUGUUUUGAGAAAUCACACGGGUCAACAGCAAAAUUUUAAUCUGCGAUAGCUUCAUGAGUCACGAAAUGUAUUUUUGACGAUGAUUGAAAAGAAAUGUCUUGACUUUUUCACAACACAUCAUCCAGAAAAGUUUACUUGCAUCGUUGAUUAAAAAGUGUGGUUAACAAAAUUGUUGAACAGUGUAAUUUCACCCCUGCCUUAAAACACCUUCGAACUUAUUAAAGCAAAAUUUUUUUCAAAGUGUACCUUAGAGCCUGUUUUCACUCUCGCAGCCUAUCGUAUAACAUCACUUUGAGGAAAAGUGACUCCCGGAUGAAAUGCUCAGCGCGUUUGCUUCACGCUGAUUAUUUGUCAUUCCCAGUUGAAGUUUACCUUCAAACUCGACAUUGUAUAUUCAAACAACAAACCAUAUAGAUUCAUCUCACGAGUUCGAUCAAUGCUAACAUACAUGCAAAACGGCGUCGUGAAAUUAGCGUCAAUGUUGCAAUAAUAUUACCUUUCAAACAACUAUGCUGCUACUUUGACACAAAUGGAGCAGCAAACGCAAACAAGCCCGAGCAUUAUUCUUUGUCGUAUGAUAGAAGGUUCGCCUCUGUCAUUCGGAGUUUGUUUUGUAAGAGCUCGUCAAAAAAUGAGCGUUUUAAAAAUCCAGAAUAAUAUGGGGGGGGGGGGAUACACUGUAACGUUUUGAUCAUGAGUUCUGCAUGGACUAAACUGACACUUGGCUAUCCGAAAAAAGGUUCCUCAGCCUGGUUGUAAAUUCUCUGUGGGGGGGCACUUCAUUGAGCGAUGGCGUCAACACCAGUAGGAGAACAACACGGUGCCGCAUGCAGUGUAAAUAUGUUUCAUAUUGUUUUGUAAGAAAACCUGAUCUAUAUUGAGAAUGUGAACGUUUUAUUAAACACUCCUCUUAAUAAACUCACUUGUUGCUGACUUAUUUCUUGACAUUGAGGCGCCAACAUUGUUCGGCGGCGGUGGUGGUGGUGGUGGGGGCAAACAAUUACCGGCGUUGUUGUUUAACACGUCGCGCCAUUUCUCACAAAUCAGCGGGUUGGGAGCCAGUGGAUGGUUGGAAUACUUUGGCUGUGCGCGCCACACCAAUUCAUUACCCGCAAAUCACUGAGAUAUGCACAGAGAGA